AUGCAUCACAUAACAUACCGUGCUAGGAGUCCAAUCCGGAAAGCCAGACUUCUCUUUUGUGUCUAUACCCAGAAGAAGUUGGUGGAACAAUGUUUUAACGUAUCAUAUAUUGGUCUUUUUUCAAAUACUGUUCAUAAAAAAACUCAUAUGCUAUUUAAUACAUGUUCCUUGUCCGAGGGAUCAUCGUGUUCAAACCAUUAUCCACAAUUCGAUAAUAUCCAGUUAAAAUCUCUACCAAUCGACAAUGGAUCCAAUAGUAUACGAUCUGUACCGAAUGCUUGUUUCACACGUGUCAGUACAACCAAAAUAGACAACCCCCGCUUAGUUUUGUUUUCUCCUGAUGCACUUGCUUUGCUAAAUAUUUGUCAUAAAGUUAACCAUCUUGAUGAACAAAACUGUAAAGAGAAAACAGAAGAAACAAAUUGUCUAGUUGAAUAUUUAUCAGGAAAUAAAUUGUGGCCUGGUAGUGAUCCCACAGCUCAUUGUUAUUGUGGGUAUCAAUUUGGUAGUUUUGCUGGUCAACUUGGCGAUGGUGCAGCAAUUUCACUUGGUGAAGUGGUCAAUGAACAAGGUGAACGUUGGGAAUUACAAUUGAAAGGCGCAGGUUUAACACCAUUUUCUCGGCAAGGUGAUGGAAGAAAAGUAUUACGUUCCAGUUUACGAGAAUUUCUAUGCUCUGAGGCAAUGUAUUAUUUAGGCAUUCCAACUACUCGAGCUGCAUCAAUUAUCACAUCUGACACUCUGGUUGAACGUGAUAUGUUUUAUACAGGUGAUAGUAUCACUGAAAAAGCCAGUAUAACUAGCAGAGUAGCUAAGACAUUCAUCAGGUUUGGAUCUUUUGAAAUAUCUAAGUCCCCAGAUCCAAUUACUGGGCGUUUUGGACCAAGUGUUGGUAAUUUGACAAUUGUGUCACAACUUACUAAUUACGUAAUACAGCAAUUUUAUCCUCAUAUUUGGUCAGACUAUUCAAAUGAUAUUAUUCAUUGUUAUUUGGAAUUCUUUAAAGAAGUAGUAAAACGUACAGCUAACCUAGUUGCUCUUUGGCAAACUGUUGGAUUUUGUCAUGGUGUAUUAAAUACAGAUAAUAUGAGUAUUAUUGGUUUAACAAUUGAUUAUGGACCAUUUGGUUUUAUGGAUCAAUUCACUUGGGAUCAUAUAUCGAAUACAUCAGAUCCAGAUGGACGUUAUUCAUAUGCUCAACAACCAAAUAUUUGUGCAUGGAAUUGUGCUCGUCUAGCUGAAUGUUUAAUUCAAGCAUUAAUUGAUCAACAGAAAUAUUCAUCUGAUAAAACAAUCGAUAAAGAAUUUGUUAAUAAUCUUACAAAAAAAUUCACUAAUGUUUUAGAUACUACAUAUGUGUCCUAUUUUAAAAGUGUCUAUUUGGAAAGAAUGCGUAAAAAGUUAGGUUUAUUUUAUCCUAAAGAUGAAAUAGAUACUGAUCUAAUUGAAAAUUUAUUUAAUACAAUGGAAAAAACUGGAGCUGAUUUUACAAAUACAUUUUUAGCAUUAGAAGAUACUUUAUUUCAAUUAUUUAAUGAAAAUGAUUCAGAUUUAUUAAAACCUGAUCUGAUAGUUAAUGAAUGUUGUAGUUUAAGUCAACUACAAGAAACAUUUGAACCUAUUAAUAUAGAAUUACAUCGUCAACUAUCUGCAAGAUUUACUGGUAUACGUGAAAAUAUCAUAGAUCAACUAGAAGAAACGAAGAUUUUGAAAAGUAAAGAGAAAGAAAAACUGUAUAAAGAACUAGAGCAUAUGACAGAAGAAGAAUACCAAGAGAGAAAUAAACGUCUAUGGUCUAUUUGGUUACGAGCAUACAAAACGCGUUUAAAAAUUGAUUUCGAAAGGAAUAAUGACAAUACCAAAACACAAAUCUCCGAACGUUUGAAUUUAAUGCAGUCUGUAAAUCCUCGAGUAGUUCUACGUAAUUAUCUUGCGGAAGAAGCUAUUAAAUCAGCUGACAAAGGAGAUUAUACAGUUGCACAACAAUUAUUCGACUCAUUGACCACGCCUUUUAAAAAUCCUGAUACGUCUUUGAAUAACGAGUGUUGUCGUCUGGUAUCCCGGAUUAAAUAUCGUCCUCCUAAUUGGUCUCGUAAACUACGUGUUUCUUGUUCAUCUUAA